CCACUAUAUACCCCGCCAUCACACGAUACGCAAGCAUAACGCCGCCCUUAUACCACAAAAUACCUCUCGCUAGCUGUACUAUAGAGAUUGUACUGCCGUACGUGACUUUCUUCAACGUCACGGGACGGACAGCCAGGUGGGCGAUGGAAACAACCAAUGCGCCGCCGCAAGGAGUAGAAGAAAUAAAACAGCAGCUCGAUGAAGCGGGCACGGAUGAAACAGGCAUGGGAGAGGAGAUUGCGAGGUUAUACCUAGACUGUCCUUCUCAAUCCGCAAAGGACGUGAAAUCAUGGCUCGAAUCCACCUCCCACUUCCACCGCUUCGAGAAAAUCUUUCACACCCCUUCAACACCCUCCUCUUCCGUUUCCGCGCCACACCUACGCAUACCGACUACCAUCUUACUCCCCCUAUCUUCAUCCCCAGCUGAGGCGCGCGCGGUUCUUCCCUCACCACCCCCAGAACCAGGCCUCAUGGAAAGGAUUUCUGUUGUGCUACUGGCUGUUUCGCCUGCGAGCAACGCGCUAGGAGAACCGGGAACAGUAUCAAAAGCUUCACACCACCUCUCCGAACCCUUUCUCACUUUUCUCUCUCACCCCGCUGUCAGCUCACUAGUUGACUCACAAACUCAAGAGUCUCUCCUCUCUAACCUCCCUAAACGAUACACCGUCUACACCCCAUUGGCCCUCCUACCCACCGGCAGCCUAUCCUCAGACGCCUGGAAGGCCGUGCUGGAUAAAGCUCCUCCUGCAGUGGUAGAUGAGCUAUGGACCGGCGUCUUGGCCGCCAUCAUGCGACUUGGGGGAGAGAAAGUGACGCAUCUAGCUAUCAACCACCCCAUCCCCGGUUCUGACGAAGAUGAGAAUAUCAUCCGCGCCCCCUCGCACCUACACACUCUCUUCGGCGACUUCGGCCCCGCCAUUUCCGCCGAGAGAUGGGCGCUUGGUCCUGGGUUAACGGCAGGGGCUGGGGAGGGAGAGCCGAUUGGGGAAGAAGAUUUUGAAAACGCGUUCUGGGUGCGGACGAGACAGAACGGGAUUUUCCAGUCCUGGGCCCCGCGCUGGACGAUGUUUAGUCGUGGGAAUGUGACCGAGAAGGCGAGGGUCCUCCGCUUCGGCGAUGCGUCGUGGUGGUCGAAGGCUAUUAGUGCUGGUGGUGGCAAUGCCUCUGGUGGCAGUGAUGGGCGAGAUGGGGAAGAUGAUGUGCAAAUAGCGGUGGAUUUAUACGCCGGGAUCGGGUAUUUCACACUGUCUUACCUCUCGCGGGGGUACGCGGUGUUGGCGUGGGAGAUUAAUCCGUUUUCGAUUGAAGGACUACGGCGCGGUGCGGUGGGUAAUGGGUUUGAAGUGCUUGUGGUGAAAGGGGCAGUGGAUUGGGAGGCGGUUAGGGAGACGGUGGAGAAGAGGGGUGUGGUUGUUUUUGCAGAGGAUAAUCAGUUUGCGUGGACGAGGUUUCAGGAGGGGUUGCAGGAGCUGGGAAAAGAGGGGAUGGCGGGAGGGGUGGAGGGGAGGUGGAGGGUGAGACAUGUUAAUCUAGGCUUAUUGCCGUCGUCGAGGCUGGGGUGGGAGGUUGGAGGAAUGUUUUUGGGAGGGGGUCAGGGGGGUUGGAUGCAUGUGCAUGAGAAUGUUAAAGAAACGGGUCGAAAGGAGAUGGUGAGGGGAGAAGAGAUUGUGGAGGUUGUUGAGGGGGUUGUUGGCGGUGGUGGAAGGGGGGAGGCGGAAAGAGAGGAAGAGGAAGGGAAAGAAGGAGGAGAAGAAAAGGGGGGGAUAAAUGUUGAGGUUAGGAGUGUGGCGAUGGUGAAGGGAUUUGGACCUGGGAUUAAUCAUCUCGUUUUUGAUGUGUGGGUUGGUCCAACGGGGGCGGGUUCGGAGAUGCGUUGGGGGUUGUUGGGUGGGGACAUAAGUCAUAUAGUAUCUAGAAGAGUUGAGUAGGGGAGUGGCUUUGUAUAUAUCCUAGAUGGCACGAUACUUAAUGGCUGCGAAGCCUAUGUAAUGGAGAGUGUAAGAGAAGGAGGCUGAGCCACCAAGUGAAAAUGGCGGAGAUUGACUAGACUAGGGGGGACUAAGAAAGGGUGAAUCGUCAGAAGUCGUCUCACAACCUCGUAACCUCGCUUUUUUGUCACUACGAAUAGGAAUUAUGGCAAUCGCUUUCGAUGGCAUAGAAUACUCAGAUUAUGAUGAUAAUUUUGGAUGGGAG